AGCAAGAAAAUAAAAGCAAUUCUGAAAACCGUACGUGCUCCAUGAUUAUUCAGAAUAAAAGCACUUUACUUCAUCCAAACAUCCAAACAGGGCCUUAAUGGUACCAAAUUUUCCAAUUCACCAUUAAUACAAUUUUCUCUCCCAAAUGAGUUUUCUAAAAGACCUAGCAGAAACCCUAAGCUCGAUGUUCACCGAUACACCAUCGCCACCGUCUUCUUCUCCGAACGAUAAUCCUCAGCAAAACUCCGGCGAUCGGACGAUGGAUGGCGUUGCUACCGGAAAUGAACGGACGGCGUAUAAGCUAAAAGGAUACUUUGAAUUGGCGAAAGGAGAGAUCGAUAAAGCUGUUAGAGCUGAAGAAUGGGGGUUGGUCGAUGAUGCAAUUUCACAUUAUCAUAAUGCUCAAAAGAUACUUGCUGAAGGUGUUUCUACCCCGGUUCCUUCUUAUAUAACUUCUAGUGAACACGAGAAGGUGAAAUCAUAUCGUCAAAAGAUAUCAAAAUGGCAGUGUCAAGUUUCAGACAGGCUUCAGACUCUAAGUCGACGGACAGGUGGCACAUCUUCAGUCAAGCAUUCAGCACCACAAACCCAAAGAGUGACUGUUCCACAAUCAAGUUUGUCUGCUCGAAAAGCAGUAUCUCGAUCCGCGCCUAGUUCAUGGAAAGACAGCUCUGUUAUGAAGGUUCCUGGUAAUAGCAUAUUAAGCCAUAAGCCUUCACAGGAAUCUGCUGCUGCUAGUGGGUAUGAUCCAAAGUUGGUAGACAUGAUUAAUUCAGUAAUUGUGGAUAGAAGCCCUUCUGUUAAAUGGGAAGAUAUUGCUGGCCUUGAAAAGGCAAAGCAGGCUCUGUUAGAGAUGGUAAUUCUACCAACCAAAAGAAAAGACCUCUUCACUGGCUUAAGAAGGCCUGCUAGAGGUCUACUUCUUUUUGGCCCACCAGGUACCGGAAAAACCAUGCUUGCUAAAGCCGUAGCAUCAGAGUCGCAGGCAACAUUUUUUAAUGUGUCUGCUUCUUCGUUAACAUCAAAGUGGGUCGGAGAGGGUGAAAAGCUUGUCAAGACACUUUUCAUGGUUGCCAUUUCCAGACAGCCCUCUGUAAUUUUCAUGGAUGAGAUAGAUAGUAUUAUGUCAACUAGGACUACCAAUGAGAAUGAAGCAAGCAGAAGGUUGAAGUCAGAGUUUUUAGUUCAGUUUGAUGGGGUGACAUCAAAUUCUGAUGGCCUGGUAAUUGUAAUUGGUGCAACAAAUAAGCCACAGGAUUUGGAUGACGCUGUUCUAAGGAGAUUGGUGAAAAGAAUAUAUAUACCUCUACCUGAUGCUAGUGUUAGAAGACAACUUCUGAAACACAGACUAAAGGGAAACGCUUUUUCUUUGCCUGAUGGAGAUCUAGAACGAUUAGUGAGAGACACUGAAGGGUAUUCAGGAAGUGAUCUGCAAGCCUUAUGUGAGGAAGCUGCAAUGAUGCCAAUCAGAGAGCUUGGUGCCAACAUUCUCUCAGUCAAGGCAAAUCAGGUGAGGGGUUUAAGAUAUGGAGAUUUUCAGAAAGCCAUGACAGUGAUUAGGCCUAGUCUGCAAAAGAGCAAGUGGGGGGAGCUUGAAAGGUGGAAUCAAGAGUUUGGUGCAAACUAAGGCCCAACUCUUGAAUAUUUGUUGCAAUUUCAAGUAAGCUAAAGCAGAAGUUUGACAGGCCAGCGGACGGUAAUACUUGUUUUUUGGGCAGGCCUGUACGUGUACAUAACAACUUACAUUGAAUAUUAACCAAAAUUUGGAUAUUCCUAGGUACAUAAUUCCCAGCGAAGCAUGUCUAGAUCACAUGUGAUACACGUUUUGUGGUUCCCCUUUUUGUUAGACGUUUGUAUAGGAACUAGUUAUUGAAUACACACUAUUGUCAUAGUGGAAGACACUAGCUCUCCCAACACUUACCAAUAGCCUAAAAAUAAAUACAUUUGCGAGGGGAAUGAUGUAUAACCUCCUCAAUUAAUUUGAGUUUGGAGUGAGCAUCAUUAUUAUGUUACAAACGUCUACUUUCAACCAA